AAAACAAAGAAAGAGCAAAAUACAUAAAAGAAGUUUGAUAUCCUAAUGAGAUUAGGAACCCUAUAUAAAGACUUCUGGUGUGAGAUCGGUGGGGAGACAUAAAGAAGCCUAAGCUCAAAAAAAAAAAAGGUUUCUUACGUGAAAAGCAACCUUUAAACCCUAAGAGAGCAAAAAAGCAAAUCCGAUACACAACUAUAUAUGGCUCUCGUAUGCACUUGGACAUCAAUGAACGGGGCAGAGCCACCUUUUGAAAGAAGAUCAAUGAACGGAGAAGAGCCACCUUUUAAAAGAAGACGGGUGAAUUUUCUUAUGCUUCCUGAUGAUUUGGUUUUAAACUGUUUGGCCCGCAUCUCAAGAUUGUACUAUCCAUCUCUCUCUUUAGUAUCCAAGAGAUUCGGCUCUAUCCUUACUUCAAUGGAGCUUUACCAGACCCAAACUCUCUUAGGCCGCACCGAGAGUUGUUUGUACGUGUGCUUACGGCAGAGUACAUGUGCACCAAUAAGUUGGUUCACUCUUUGCCGCAAACCAAAUAGCUCAAAAAGACUUUUGGCCCCAAUUUCAUAUCCUAAAUCUGCAUCAAGGUCGGAUUGUGUAGUGGGUGUCGGUCCUAAUAUCUACGCUAUUGGCGGAUUCAGUAAUGAUAAUGAAUAUAGUCCUUCGUCUAGCGUCAUGGUCAUGGAUUGUCGUACUCACACAUGGGGUGAGGCCCCAAGAAUGCAGGUAGCCCGUGUGUUCCAAUCUACUUGCGUCUUUGAUGGAAAAAUAUAUGUAAUAGGAGGCCGCGGAACUCUCGAUUCAACGAAAUGGAUGGAGGUUUUUGAUACAAAAACCCAAACUUGGGAGUUUUUGCAAUUCCCUAGCGAGGAGAAGAUAUGCGAAGGCUAUAAGUACGAGAGCAUAGUGUAUGAAGGAACCGUCUAUGUAAGGUCUCAUGAUCAAAAUGUGACUUACAAGCUGCAUAAAGGUAGAUGGAUAGAGGCAGACUUAGCGAUGAAUAAUGGAUGGAGUUGCUCAUCAUCUUUUUGUGUGAUAGAGAACGUGUUCUACUGUUGUAAUAGAAAUGGUAACGGUAUGAUCGAUUGGUAUGACUCUGAAAAAAAAGUAUGGGCAACUUUGAAGGGGUUGAAAAGAUUGCCUAAACUUUAUGGGAAUGUUAAAUUGGCAGAUUAUGGCGGAAAAAUGAUGGUGUUGUGGAAAAGAGUUUCGUAUGUUAUGACCCGUAAGAAAACAAAGAUUUGGUGUGCGGAAAUCACGAUUGAAAAACGCAAGGAUGGAGAGAUUUGGGGGAUACUAGAAUGGUUUGACGUUGUAUAUAAAGCCAAUGUGGAUGAGCUACAUUUAGAGCAUGCUCUUGUUACUACCAUUUGAUGAAAUCUUAGUCAUGUAAUUGUCAACAUUGAAUUUUGUUUUGUUCUUUUUUUUA